AUGGGUCAUUCCUAUAAGAUUUUAACAGCGCUAGCUAUUGUUAAAAUUAUUGUGGCUCAUCAUGAACAAAAUGAUAUUGAUAUCAAAAGUUCUUCAGAUGACAUGGAACGAGAACGUAUCCUACGCAGAAGUUUCGACGACAGAGAAUGGCAAUAUGAAGGAAUGACCAUAGAAUUACCUUUAAGAAGAAGCCUAAAUGAAAAGAAGAUACCAACCAAAAAGCCAUCGAUUGAUCCACCUCUAGAUCUUCGUUACCGUCGUAUCUUCAAUGCGGAUGAGAUCGCGUCAAUAGAAGAAUACCCAUUCCUUGCCGCUUUACUUGUUAACAAGCAACUUUGGUGUGGAGCAGCCAUUAUAGAAUCGGACAGGGUGUUAACUGCAGCACAUUGCCUGCAAUUACAAUAUAACAACCGAUUCUUUCGCGAAUACGUGAAGAUGCUGACCGUCCGUAUCGGUUCUUCUAACGCAACAUCUGGCGGCGAACUGUAUAGAGUGACGGAGAUCUUCUUCCACCCAAAUUACAAAUCCAACACAUUGGAAUUCAACUUUGCAGUCCUGAAGCUCCAUAAGAACAUAUCAUACGGUGAAUCAGAUAAAGCUGCAAAGAUAGACUAUUCGACAGACAAAAUUAUUCCCACUGACAGCAAUAUUACUUUCUUAGGAUGGGGUUCUGUUUUGAGUAUAGGAGGUUUAGGUGGACAAGUGCUACUGCAGAAACUAGUUUUACCAGUUUACGACUUAGCUGAUUGCCAGGAAGUUUACGGACGAGAUCUUGUCACAAGAAAUAAUUUCUGCGCUGGAUACAUAACUUUAGCAAAGAAUGUUUGUAAUCACGACGCUGGCGGACCAGCGAUUAUGGACGGUUUGCUAGUUGGUAUCCUGUCGUUUUCGUCGAAGAGGUGCGAUAUGCGUGACCAACCAGCUGUGUUCUCCACUGUAGGGACGAUAGCACCCUGGCUUGAAUCACUCGCUGAAAAGAAGAUAACUCUCACAAAAACGGCCAUAAAAAGCCCCGACUGGAUAAACAGAGUGGAAUAA